CAACGGGCUCUUUUCUUCUUAAAUUUUUUAUUGCAAGUGGGUCUCCCGCCAUGGCUCCACGCCUGCCCCCUUCUUCCAGAAUUUUCCAUCCUAUGGACACCUCCCUAUCCCACUUGUGUCGAUCUAGAAGCUUCUGCUCUCUACUAUUUAAUUCUCUCCCCUCCUUUUUUUCCCCCUUUCUUCAUCUGAUCCAGAACGCUGAUUCCAUUUCCGAACAAAACCUACCGACUCGUAGCUCCGAAAAGGAAAAAAGUCACUUCUUUUCCUUAUUUCUUUUUCAGAAUCCACUUCUCUGUUCUUUCUCACCGUCAUCUUUACUUGAUCAGUAGGAAUCCAAUUCUUCGAUCCUAUCCUUUUUGUUCUCACCAGUGACCCGUUUGCUUAAAUUCCUGUACCAAUAUAAAAGUCCCUUUUGUUUCGUUCCUUUGCAUUAGUAUUCAUCAGUGUUCACCGUUUCUGUUUUGCGUUCAUUGUGCUUUUCAGUGAUUUUUGCUGAAAAUCACUUCUAAUUGUUGAUUAGUUGGCAUUACUGGCAUCAAAAUCCAAUCUUGGUGUGAUUUUUUUUUGGAUCUUUGCGUUGGCGAUGGAUCCCGUGCUCAAUAUGGUGAAGGAGGAGUACCUGGAGGCGGAGGUGAGUCCGUCUCGCCUUGAGGACGCUCCGAUGGAGGCUCCCCGGCCGAUGGAGGGACUGCACGAAGUCGGGCCGCCGCCUUUCCUCAACAAGACUUAUGACAUGGUUGAUGAUCCGGGCACCGAUCGAGUGAUCUUGUGGAGCUCGACGAACAAUAGCUUUGUGGUGCGGGAUCCGGCCACGUUCGCCAUGACUCUGCUUCCGAGAUACUUCAAACACAGCAAUUUCUCUAGCUUUGUGAGGCAGCUUAACACAUAUGGCUUCAGAAAAGUGGAUCCAGAUAGAUGGGAAUUUGCAAAUGAAGGAUUUCUCAGAGGACAGAGGCAUCUCCUAAAGACAAUCAAGAGAAGGAAACCACCCUCCCACCCUCCCCCAAGGCAGAAAAAUCUUGAUCCAUGCCUUGAGGUGGGACGCUUUGGAUUUGAUGGAGAAAUCGACAGGUUAGAACGUGACAAGAACAUCUUAAUGGCAGAGAUAGUGAAGUUAAGGCAAGAGCAGCAGACUACAAGAACUCAUCUCCAAGCUAUGGAAGAGAGGCUACAUAAUGCAGAGCAAAAGCAGCAACAAAUGAUGGGCUUCUUAGCUAGAGCAGUGCGGAGCCCUGACUUCUUACAGCAAUUGCUUCAGCAGCAGGAGAGAAGAAAAGAGCUUGAAGCCGCCAUUUCUAAGAAAAGGCGCCGGCCUAUAGAUAGAGUGCCUUAUCAUGGUGAGGGAGAAACAAGUGAGAGCCAGGAUUUUGAGGCACGAUUUGGAAUUGAAACAGAAGAAAUGGGUAGCUUUUAUGACCCUGAAGUCUCUGAGUUGGAAAGUUUAGCACUGGAAAUUCAGGGCCUAAGGAAGAGUGAGGAGGAGGAGGAAGAGGAGGAGGAGGAGGAUGAUGACAAACCUGAAGAGAAACAAGGAGGAGGUACGGAGCUGAAUGAUGAUUUUUGGGAGGAGCUGUUGAAUGGAGGGAUUGGAGAGGAGAAGGAUGGAUCAGAGGGACGAGAUGAUCUGGAUGAUGUUAAUGUCUUGGCUGAGAAAUUGGGCUACCUGAGUUCCAGCAGCCCAAAAUAGAUAGCUGAACAUUUUAUCCUUGAAUGCUGAGAUACCUAGUAGCUUUAGAUCAAGGAGGAGACAGAAUCCAAACCUGAUAUUCUUGCUAACCGACCAUCCAUUCUCUCACGCUUAACCGCUUUUUAUUCAAAUGUACUUGUUUUUUUCUCAGUUGCUUAAAACUUUUAAUGUUCUUUGAGCAGAUUCGCAGACCACAUGCAUAUGCCUUCAAGUGAUUGGGGAAGCCUGCAUCUUCAGGGAUUUCAAGCUUCUUGCGAUUUAGAGGGCUCUACAGAAGGUUGGUAUGUGGUAUUGAUUUGGGUCUUUGCCUUCUGCAAGGUUUGGUUGAAGAUCACCCGGCUUGUUUACACGUUGAUGUGGGACUGCAGGUUAUUGAUCUUAGUUUGAGUCUUGUAGAUAAGGGAGUAAUGGAGGGUUGUCUUGUUUAUUCGGAACUCUGGUUGUUGUCAAUUUUCAUACUGCGCUGUAUUACUCGAUUGCUUGAGUUCUGUCUCCUUUUUUCUUCUUCUUCUCUUUGUUUUUGAGUUCUUUUGUUUAAUAUUGAAUUUUUAGAAUGUAAGCUGGCUAACAAUGGUUUACAGAUCAAGUAGACCUUUUAUGUGAAUUAUUUGUUCAUUUUGCUGACAAAA